AUGACGCCAGAAUGCAGAAUGAUUGUCAAUGGUGCAGCUGGUGGCACCAUAGGAAAGAAGACAACAGAUGAGACUUUAGAGCUGCUGGAUUUAAUGGCAAGGAAUGAGAAUGCGUCUAUGGCAGCAGCAUUCCCAUCUAUUCAGCCCAAGAAAGGAAUUUUACAAUUGGGGAAUAAUGAUGCAUCACUAGCUGAGAACAAAGUGAUUUCCCAGCAAUUGGCUAAUUUGAAUGCCAAGCUGGACAAGAUGCAGCUCUCAACAUCCAAGGUUGAUAUAUUUAACUGUGAGUAUUGCAAGGAGUCGCAUAACACUAAUGAGUGCCCUACACUUAAUAAAGUUGAACCAUUCCAGGUCAAUGGAAUUUGGUAUGAUCCACGGCCUCCCCAGAAUACUCAAGGUUACCCAAGGAAUCAGAAUGGCGGUCAAGGGAAUAACUUUCAAAGGAGGAACCAAGGGAGUGGCUUGGAUUAUAAAUCCAACAACUAUCUGCAACCUCCUCCUCUGCCACAAAAAGAGCCAUCUGAGUUGGAGAAAGCAAUGAUACAACUGUCCAAGACAACUAAUGAUCACAUUAAUGAGACAAGGGCUUACCACAAGAACCAGGAUGCUUCCAUCCGGAACUUGGAGAGUCAGAUAGGCCAGUUGUCUAGGCAGUUGGCUGAAAGAACUCAAGGGCAGUUUCCUGGAGAUACUAUUGUGAAUCCUAAGGAAGACUGCAAAUCUAUUGUAACCAGGAGUGUAAGUGUGAUCACUCCUCAAGACAAGCAAAAAGGCGUUCAGAAAGCGAAGGUUGAUAAACCAGUGAUCGAGCCAGAACAAGAAAAGGAGGUAGACACGCUUGCAACUGAGAAAGAAGAACUUGCAAGGCAGGACAAAGGGGGGGAAAAAGAGAAAGUUGUUGAAGCUCUGAAGCAGCCAAUGGAUUUCUCUCGUUUUGAGAAACUUCCUUAUCCUAUGAAGCUCAAGCAACAAGCACAGAAGCAACAAUAUGCCAGUGCCAUUAUACAGAAGAAGUUUCCACCAAAGCUUCGCGAUCCUGGGAGUUUCAAUAUCCCGAUUGCGAUAGGCAACACCAAUGUUGGCCGAGCACUAUGCGAUCUUGAAGCAAGCAUCAAUCUGAUGCCAUUGUCAAUCUGCAAAUCAUUGGGAAUUUCUGAGUUGAAGCCCACUAUGGUCUCUCUACAGCUUGCUGACCGUUCUUUGAGGAGACCUAAUGGAAUCAUAGAAGAUGUUCUUGUUAAAGUUGACAAGUUCAUUUUCCCUGCUGAUUUUAUUGUGCUAUACAUGGAGGAAGAAAGUGAAAUACCCCUUCUAUUAGGCAGACCAUUCUUAGCCACAGCUCGGGCCAUGAUUGAUGUCGAGCAAGGGAAGCUCGAGCUGAGGAUGAACGAUGAGAAAAUCACCAUCAAUGUUUUUGAUGCUAUGAAAAACUCAACUGAUCAGAAUGAUUGCUUCAGACUUGAAGUGUGUGAAGAAGAGCUUGAAGAAGAAGAUCUUGAUGAUCAAGAGCUUAGAGAAGAGUUACAAUCUCAAGAGUUACUAUUCGCGUGA